UGUGAAUAAACAGUUAGGUCAAAUAAGGACGUACAGAAUUAAAAAUACAUCAUCUGCACUUAUUGUUACAUUAAAGUGGAGAAAGACAACUUUUCAAGUCCCCCCCAAAGACAAUAAGAUCAUGCUACCGUUAUUUUGAUACAGAGGUUGACUAGUAUUGGUUUAUCUGACCAGGCAGUAGGCUGGUUUGUUAAUUACCUCUCUAAAAGGUCUCAAUUGUUCCAAUUUGAUGGGCUCACCUCUAACUGACUGAACACCUAUAGGGUGUACCCCUGGGUUCUGUCUUAGGUCCGCUGUUAUUUCCAGUCUAUAUUAAUAGUAUAGCAUCAAAACAUGGAUGGUGCCAACUUUCAUUUUUAUGGGGAUGAUACAGUGAUAUAUUAGGCCAGUUCCUCCAUUACAGAGACUUUGGUAAAAUUGCAGGCUGUAUUUAAUUUUAUCCAGAUUCAGUUUUCACAACUAAAGCUGAUCAAACUAAGGUAUGUAUUUUUCAAAUGCAAGGAAGAAGCCUGUUUAAACCAGUAAUAUUAUUAUUGCUCAGGGAAAGAAGUUAGAAAUGGUCUCUUGUUACAGAUAUCUUGGUAUUUGGCUUGAUGACUUCCUGUCUUUUAAAUCUCAGGUUGAUACUCUUUUUAAAAAGCUGAGGUUGAAACAGAAACAAAACCUGUUUCUCCUUUGAGGCCAGAAAAAGAUUGGUCUCUGCUACGUUUUUAACGCUUGUGGAUUACAAUGAUCUGUUGUACAUAAAUGUAUCUGUGCAUUGCUUGCAUAUGAUACUGCAUACUAUAGUGCUUUGAGAUUUGUUAUUGAUUAUAAAGCCUUCACUAAUCACUGUACGCUUUUUUUCCCAGGGCUGGUUGACCUUUUUCGAGGCUCAGUCACUGGUUUAUGUUCAUUUAUAAAGCCAUAAGGGGCAAACUCCCUUUGAUCUAACUGUAGUUAAAGUUUGAGAUCUCAAGAUUUAGUCUUGUCUGUUCCUAGUGCAUGGACUGAACUCGGAAAGAAAGCUUUUAAAAGCCUUCAAAAAAGAUUUCAAACUGAGAAGAAUGAUCUCUCUACUGGAUUUUAAAGCUCUCAUAAGUGCAAGGGUGAAUGGAUCAUUUGGUACUUGUCAUUGUGUGUAGGUAUUUUAAUAUUUCUACAUGUCACUGUAUGUCCUCUGUGUUUUUUAUUGUGGUUAUUUUUGUUUGUAACUUUUUGUCAUGCUGUUGUCUUGGCGAGGUCUCCCUUGAAAAAGACAUCAGUGAUCUCAGCGGGACUUACCAGGGACAGCCAAGUGUGAAAGGGGGAAAGAGAGAGGGGAUGAGACGCAGCAAAGGGCCACAGGCUGGACUCGAACCCGGGCUGCUGCAGCAACAGCCUUGUACAUGGGGCGUCUGCUCUAUCCACUAUGCCACCGAAGCCCCCAAAAUGACCAUUUGUAAAUCAGUUGCUUUUUUCCUUGAAUCCAUGAAGAAAACUUUGUGUUUCCUGCAUCCUUCCAAGGCUAAUCAAAGAAGGCUUGGACAUGCUCUGUGACCCCAUGGGAACUAUGGGAUAUGACACAUGCAAUGUAACUGGAGUUGCAAUGUUGUAGGGUUACAGCAGACGGUACUAGAAAUAAAGGGAUGGUGUCCACACAGGUGCUCCUUUGGUGUGCUUGGCCCGACAGAACUUAAUGGGUACGUUCAAAGAGAUGGUGGCCAACAUACGGUAGUACAUUUUUAAAUUAAAAGCAUUUGUUUUUGGUCUUUCAUUAAGCAUCUUUUCAGUAAUCACAGAACUGUAAUUCUCACCCAUCUCCUUCUAAAGAUAUUUGGGGCUAUGGAUGCCUCAGUUAAAGAAAUCAAUCAUCCUCAUGUUCUAUGCUAGGACAACAGCUAUUGAGCCUUUCGGAAAGUGCAGACUAGAUUUUACUGCAUGUGUUGUACCCCAGUGAUGUGACACCAUGACAUCUUCUCUUUUUAACCUCCUUGCAUGCCUCCACAGUAUGAGUAGAAUCCAGAAAAUGGAUGUUUGGGAAGUUUGGAAAUGGAUCUUUCAAUACAGUUAUGCUGUUUUUAAAUCUGCUUGUCUGUGACUUCAAUUCAUGGCAUGAAUUCUUCAGAAAUUCAAGGUAAAAUGCGGUGAGUGAUUGAUCUAGUGGUUAUUCUGUGGGUGAUUAGUAAUGCAAAAUGGAUGACACUUCUUUUGUGCCGUAAAUCAAUACUUCAUUGUUCCGGGAGAUCAUAACCUGGUGGCAGACAGAAUGGCAUAGUGAAAGUGACGCUUAUAGGGAACCAGUCUAAAUGCAGAUGGUGUCAUUAUUUUACAGCCAUUACAUUGUGCAAUCAAUAUUUAUUUCAUAAUAACAAGUUACAGCAAAAACGUGUCUGUUGCCGCUUUAACUGAUCAUGUAAAAUGGAUGAAAUAUUUAAUAUGAAUAAUAAAAAUGGAAGAACUUGAAGUGACCUGAGGGGUGAUGUUAUGGAGAGAUGACUGUACUCAGCUUCCAUCACGUCAUGUGAGCAGCUAAUCAGCUAAUUGGCGUCAACAUUUAUGAGUGUUAUUGACAUCAAAUAUUAACACGCUUUUAAUAUUUUUCUAAUCAGCCACAAAAUAUUACAUGUAGAUGAUAAUCUCGCAAAUGUAACAUCUGUUUAGUCUCCCCACUGAGAUGAAUUUUUAAAAUAGUUGUAAAAAAUAACACUCAUUGUAAUCCACCAAGUCUUGGCUCUGACUUCUCCCAUUACUUAAGUUUCCGUGCCGCCUCAGCUCCCCCAUCUCCAGUGAAGCAUUGGCGCGUGUGCCAGCAUAUGGUCGCUGCCACACAAAGGAGAGCAGGAGGCCACGAGUUCUGCGCCUCCACCCGUCUUUCAUUACCUUUCUAUCUCACUGGCUCUGACCCCCUCCUCUCUCCCCAACAGCCGUGCUGGCCAGCUGGCUGCCGCUCAGGUGUCACUUUCCUGGCUCGGAAAGAGGCAAUGAGUGCAUGAGUUUUUGUUAUUGAAUGAGAGUUGAGCAUGAGCGAGAAGGAGAUGUUAACCUGGUGGGAUCCAAAGAGCUCCGGGGAGCUUGUUCUGCGUGCCAUAACUUACUCAUAGCAGCCAGGGAUGGUGCUUCAUCAGGCCAUCCAGGCUGCUCGAGCAGGGGGUCUUGCAACCCUGAGGGAACUGGCAUCUUCUGGUUACCUCUCACCUGUCAUCGCCGAUGCUCAAGGUGCAGGCCCGGUGCACCACGCAGCAAGGUGUGGACGUCUGGAGUGCCUGCAGUUCCUGGUGAGCGAGGUGGGGCUGGCAGCUGACGCCCGGGCCUUGAACAGAGCCACACCAGCACAUGAUGCAGCAGCUACUGGCCACAUCCGGGAGCUGCAGUGGCUGAUAGACCAGGGAGGCUGCAAUGUUGAGGAUAGGGAUGCUGCUGGUGCCACCGCGCUUCAUCUCGCAGCCCGGUUCGGUUGUGUGGAGGUCAUUAAGUGGCUGCUUUCUGUUGGAAGUGCAGCGGAGGUGGAGACAAACUGUGGAGCUGUACCUGCGCACUAUGCUGCAGCCAAUGGGGGCCUCACCUGUUUAAAACUACUCGUUCAGCAGGCACCUGGGUGUGUGAACCACCAGACUGUCAUCGGCGCUACCCCGCUUUACCUAGCCUGCCAGGAAGGCCACCUGCAUGUUGUCGAGUACCUUGUGAACAGCUCCGGGGCUGACGUCCACCUGAGGGCCCACGAUGGCAUGACCUGCCUGCACGCUGCUGCUCACAUGGGCCACCAGACUGUGGUGAUGUGGCUGGUGAGCCACACUGAUGUCAGCCUGUCCUGCCAGGACAGAGAAGGAGCGACUGCUCUGCACUUUGCCGCCAGCAGAGGGCACUAUUGUAUCUUGGAGAGGCUGCUUCAUAUGGGUUCAAAGGUCAUCAAGGAUUACUGGGGAGGGACCCCGCUUCAUGAUGCUGCAGAGAAUGGAGAGCUGGAGUGCUGUAAAAUCUUGUUGGCCUAUCAAGCAAAGCCUUCAGACCAAGACAUUGAUGGAUUCACUGCUGCAGACCUGGCAGAGUACAAUGGACACCACGAAUGUGCCAGAUAUCUCUGUGCCAUGGAGAAAAAUAAAGCCUGUGCAGAUAAGCCCAUCGAGGUAAUCACACCAGUGGAGGAAGAAGUGAAGGUGAAGCCUGCUUUGUUAUCACAGUGCAGCAGGGAGGAUUACUACGGCAGCCUGAGCGACACAUGCGGGGACAGUUACAGCACUAACACACCCAUGGAUAGUUUAAAGCAACCUGAGAGUGAGGAGUCCCCGCAGGCGAGAUACCCUCAGCCCCCGUCUGCACCUCCUUUACCUUCUGCUUCAUCAACACCCACCCAGCCAGAGAGAAGUGCCGUCAACAGGAUAGAGGAGGUUCACAUCGCAACAUCUGUUCUUAAAGGUUUCAAUCAAUCCAAGUCCACUGGGAGUGAAAAAACUGCCUCUGCUGAUAAAGUAAUGUUGCCUGAUGCAAACCUCCUGGCUGAAAGAAAACUCCUUGGUGACAUGAAGUCCAUUAAAUCCUUAAAACAAUCAGGAAUAUCAGGAGUCUUCACCGGACAAGCAAACAAGAUGGUGGUCCUGCCCACUGAGGAGGCCAACCUGUCGGACAUCGACUACCUGGUGCCCACUCACGAUGAGAGAGGCCGUCCCAUCGCUGAGUGGAAGAGGCAAGUCAUGGUGAGACAGCUGCAGGCCAGGCUGCUGGAUGAGGAGGAUCAGAGGAGGAAGGAAAAUGGGAACAGAUAUGCCAAAGUCAGCUGGAGGUACUCCCAAGCCCACAAUGCAAUCCUGGGGCCCUCUGGUGAGCUGCUGACUGAGGAUGACCUCAUCUAUGUGGAGCAGCAGAUUGCCAACGUCUCCAUGCAGAGGAACUGUGAGGGCUACGAGCUGGAGCUCGCUCGUCUGGCUGAGGAGCUCCGGCACAUCCUGCCAGCCCCCAUAGUGAACAUCACCGCCAACACACAGUUCAGAAACUUCUCAAGUCAGGUUCCUCUACCUGUGUGGUGCGGCCGCAUCUCAGGCAUCGUGAAGAGCAUGUCUCUGCUCAUGACCAACCUGACGGACCAGCCCUACUGCAAGAUGCCCAACACCGACCUGAUCACUGUGUUCUCUCAGACGCCACACAGACAGAACUCCACCAGGGGACGCAGGGAGAGGAUAGAGGAUGAAAUCCAUCAGUUCGGAGUGUCUGUGAGGACUCUGAAGUCUAAUUUUGAGACACAGAACUUACCUUUGUCAGAUGAGCCGGAGGAGGCUGACGUGUUGAGUUCUUCCCCGCAACUCGAGGCCACAGAGUCAGACAAACAGCCUAAAGUCUUGAGUCCGGCCCCAGAAACAGACCAGAACAGUGACUCUGGCAUCGACUAUGAUGAAAACGUUACAGAUGUCCUAGAGACCACCAGCCUCAGGAAGGAGCGUAUAGUCGUGUUGUUCUUAGGCCACUGGAAGAAGUCUGCCUACACUGUGACACUGAAGAGCAAAGAUGCAGCAGAGAGGAAGAUGAGCAGUGGAAGCUCGGGGAUGGGCGAUGACAAAUCUGUGGCAGAUCGCAGGAACAGUGUGGAGAGCGCCCAGUCGAAGAUGAUGAACAGCUCUCUGGGUCAUUUCUUCAAGCAGAGGAGUGCUGUCAACAAGAUGCUGGGAAACUGGAGGAGCAUGAUCUCCAGCGUCCCGUCCAGACAGAUUCGCAGGCUCCACAGGCAGAAAGCCCUCUACUCCCCGGAGCAGUUCCUGCCUCGUCUGGAGGGCGUGUCGGUGGAGUACGACAACCUGACCCUGGAUCUCUUCAUGCUGGGCUACUUCCACAUCCUGGAGUUGGAGCUGCCUGUGGACGAACGCAAAAUGAGACACCUGCUCUGCUUCGAGGUGUUCGACCACGUGGGGAGCUUCCCCUGGGAGCUGGUCAGGGACUUCCACAAGGCCGUCAUACAAGACAUCGAGACUGGAAACCGUGAGUGGAAGGAUGGCUUUGAGGACAUUAAAGUGAAGUUCUUUGGAAACACUGUGAGUCAGUCUGAAAGCACUGUAGAGGUGGUGAAACAUACCCUCCCAGAGAUUAGACAGGUCCCUAAGGUAAUUGUGCAGACACCUACGCCGGAUGAGGGGAUGCUACACAGUGGAACUGACAUCUCCAGUUUUAGCAACGAAGAAAUCUGUAAAUACAUCGACCGUAGUUUUGCUUUUUGGAAAGAGAAGGAGGCAGAGAUUUUUGAUUUUGAGUAGUGUCAUCUUUUUGAUAUUUUUGUAUUGUUUGAAGUUAGAUUACAUUCGGGCUGGGUAUCAAACCUAAAUACUGUUUGAGUUGUGAAUUGAAUUGUUGUGGUGAAAGCUAGUGCAGAAUGCUUAGCCAGAUUCAUAGCCAUGUUUACAUAUUUGAUUUGAAUGAUUGUUUUGUAAAUUUUAUACUGUAUUUUAUUGUGUUAAACCAUUAAACUCACUAAAAUUUGAAAAGGAUUUUUAUGUUUCUACAUAGCAAUAUUUUGUAGAUAUUUUUGGUACAGCUAUUAGAACUUAAGUAUCGAAUUGGCGAUAGAAUUUGAACCAUACCCAGCCCUAUAACAAAAGCCAGAGUGCCUAAAGUGUUAGUGUGUGUUUCUGAGAGUAAAAACUA